AUGCCGCGAAUUCUCACUCUGCAACAGAUUGAAGGCGGUAAGCCUGGAGAAGUCUACUACCCCAUCCAAAUCAAAGAGGUGCCCAAGCCAUCUCCGGGGCCUGGUGAGCUCCUCGUCCGCAUCUCUGCCGCGGCCCUCAACCACAGAGACCUCUUCAUCCGCCGCCACCAAUACCCUGCCAUCUCAUUUACCUCGCCAUUAUUUGCCGAUGGCUAUGGAACUGUCGUCGAGGCCGGGCCCAACGUCACUCGGAAAGACCUCCUGCACAAGCCGGUGCUGCUUACGCCCAUGCGAGGAUGGGAGUCCAGCCCUGCUGGACCCGAAGACGCCCGCAAGUUUGCCGUCAUUGGCUGCAGCAAGAUAACAGAGGCUGGAACCGGACAGGACUACAUCGUCGUGCCUGAAGAUGAAGUUGAGCCGGCCCCAGAGCACCUUUCGCCUGGCGAGGGCGCUGCGCUGCCUCUCGUGGGUCUUACGGGAUGGAGAGCGCUGGUGACCAAGAGCGGCGCCGCCUUUCCGGGCAGCAACAUCCUGGUUACGGGCAUCGGCGGCGGUGUUGCGCUUGCGGUCCUCCAGUUCGCUGUUGCCUUUGGAAGCAACGUCUAUGUCUCAUCUAGCGAUCCAGCCAAGCUAGAGCAGGCAAAGGCUCUGGGCGCAAAGGGAGGCAUCAAUUACAGGUCUGAAACGUGGGAAAAGGAGCUGGCUGCUCUCCUGCCCAAAGACCGCCCCUAUCUCGACGCCGUGAUUGACGGUGCCGGCGGCAAGCUCGUCUCCAAGACGGUCCGCCUCCUGAAGCCUGGCGGCGUCAUCUCCCAGUACGGCAUGACGGUGUCUCCCAAGAUGGACUGGGUGAUGCAGGCCGUGUUGGCUAAUGUUGAGCUCAAGGGUACUACGAUGGGAUCAAAGCAGGAGUUCAAGGACAUGGUGGCGUUUGUCAAGGAAAAGAAGAUUACGCCAGUUAUCAGCAAGACGGUCAAGGGUCUUGGGAACCUUGAUGCGAUCAACAGUUUAUUUCAAGAAAUGGACGAAGGAAAGCAGUUUGGCAAGCUGGUGGUUGAGUUUGAUUCCGAGACCUCCUCUUCAAAGCUGUAA